UUGGGCGGUGUUGCGCAAUGCCCCACUAGCAGCUGUACUGAUGGCAGGCCUGAUUCUAUCCUCCCCUUCCUUGCUCCCGCCUUUAAACUGAAUCCCAAGAGCAGACUUCCGGGCUUGGGCCUGUGCGGAGGGAUGGGAACCGGCCGGGACACAGGUGGACUUGCAAGUCGGGUGCUUCUGUGGCCUUUUCAGGCUUGCCUGCACAUUGGAAACACGGGCUCCGUUCACCGCGCUUCCUCAGCGAACAGCAGCGAUAGCGACUGUUUGUUGAAGCUUCAGUUGCUCGCACUUCCAUUUCUCAAGUCCAAGAGCCCCAGGUGUCCCCGAGUUAUGGAGAAGCGUUUGCAGGAGGCUCAGCAGUACAAGGAGGAAGGGAACCAGCGCUACCGGGAAAGGAAGUACCGAGAUGCUGUGAGUAGGUACCAUCGAGCUCUUCUUCAGCUCCGGGGUCUGGACCCAAGUCUGCCUUCCCCGAUACCCAGUCUAGGACCUCAGGGCCCAGCUCUCACGCCUGAGCAAGAAAAUAUACUGCACACCACCCAGACAGACUGCUACAACAAUCUAGCUGCCUGUCUCCUCCAGAUGGAGCCAGUGAACUACGAACGAGUGAGGGAAUACAGUCAAAAAGUCCUGGACCAACAACCUGAUAAUGCCAAGGCCUUGUAUCGGGCUGGAGUAGCCUUCUUCCAUCUGCAGGACUAUGACCAGGCUCAGCAGUACCUGCUGGCUGCUGUCAGUAGGCAGCCUAAAGAUGCCAAUGUCCGGCGGUACCUCCACUUGACACAGUCGGAACUUGGGAGGUACCAUAGGAAAGAGAAGCAGCUGUACCUGGGCAUGUUUGGUUAACGAAGAAAAAAGAUGCUUCUCCAUUGGAACUCAAGUGGAUCACUAAAGACCCAUCAAGGGGGAAACCUGAGCCUCAGCAAGAGAAAUUCACCCUGUACCUCUGACCCAGGUGGAUUUCUGUUUUUCCUGUUCUGCACAGCUCUUUGCUGCUUAGACGUCUAUAUCUUUUACUGUCUAUCCAUCCGUAUAUUUGUAUAGCUUCCAGUCCAUAUUAUUUUUGAGAAUAUUUGCCCUGAGAAGUGGACCAGAAAGCAUUCAUCAGCUGUGGGUAGAAUUAACCAUCUUUGUGGCAUAGAUUUCAAUGAGAUGUUAAGAUGUGGUCAUAUACAGAGGAGAAGGCUAGUAAAGGACUACGUAGUUAGGAUGGGCGGUUAGAGCUUCUUGUGUUUCCUCAGAUGUCUUUGUUCUCCUAGUGGGAAAUAUAUUUUUUUGUGAAAAUAUAUAAUUAUAAAUUGGACUUAAGUAUAUUUACAUGAGAGAUUUGAAAUUAGUCAUUUUGGGGUUGGGGAUGUGGCUCAGUGGUAGAUUGCUUGCCUAGCAUGUAGAAGGCCCUAGGCCUGAUUCGUAGUACAGCAAAGCAGCAAACAAACCCGAACUUUUUUGUUAUUUAAAUUAAUUCCUUAAUUCUCCUUUAAUAUUCCACAUACAUACAGAUUCUUCAGCCUUCCCCAAAGUAUCUUUCUAGCCAGGAGUGAUGGGACAUGGCUAGAGUCCCAGCACUUGGAGUCUAAACCAGGAGUAUCACAAGUUCCAGGCCAACCUGGACUACUUAGUGAGUUCAAGGCCAGUCAUAACUACAUAGUGAGAUCUUGUCUGAAAAGCUCACAGGCUAGGGAUAUAACUUAGUCAUAGAGCCUUGGGCUUAAUUCCCAGCACUGGAGAAAAGAAAAAAGUAUCUCUCUUCUUUUUUCUCCUGGUAAUUUCUAGCCCUUGCUUGCUGUUGCUUACACUCAGAUCAUUGACAUAUUUAUUUAUUUUUUCAUUAAGCUAUUAUCUUUUUAAAUUUCUGGAGUUACUGCCUGGGAUAUAUGAGACCCUGUUUCAAGAAAAAAGCUUCUGAAAUUAAGCAUUUAAGUAGUUAAUAACCCUCUAUCCUCAUGCCAAAUAAAUAUCUAAGUGUUGAUUUUUGGGGAGUUGUCUUUGUUUUCUGUGGUGCUGGGGAUUGAACAUAUGUCCUAGCACAUGCUAGGCACAUGCCCUGUCAUUGAGCUGCAACCCCAGCUGAUAACUGUUUUAAGAGAUACAUAUCUAAGGUGUGUUCAUUUUCCUGAAAGACAUGGGAAGGACAUUUCCAUGUCUUCUUGAAACAGUACCAUAAUAAAGCAUGAUAAAAACACAA